AAAGAGCAAUUACUUGACAAUAUAGAUUGGGAGGAUAAUGAGACAGAAUAUUUACAUGAUUAUAUAAUUUUGGACAAUUUGGAGGAUUACGAAAAAUAUUUACAAAAUAAUGAUAAUAAUUUGAUGAAUUCAGAUAAUAAUACAAAGCAGAAUAUCCAAAAAUACAAACUAUUUAAGAGCCAAUUACAAUCUUUUGAAGGAUUUAAUGGAAAAUAUGAUCC